ACACGAUGAGGCGAGUGGUACGACAGAGCAAGUUUCGGCAUGUAUUUGGACAAGCGGUAAAAAAUGACCAGUGUUAUGAUGACAUCCGGGUUUCUCGAGUGACCUGGGAUAGUUCCUUUUGCGCUGUCAAUCCCAGAUUUGUUGCCAUAAUCAUUGAAGCAAGUGGGGGAGGCGCGUUCCUUGUGCUCCCUUUGCACAAGACUGGUCGAAUUGACAAAUCCUACCCUACAGUAUGUGGCCACACAGGACCAGUGCUUGACAUAGAUUGGUGCCCACAUAAUGAUCAGGUCAUUGCCAGCGGUUCAGAGGACUGCACGGUUAUGGUGUGGCAGAUUCCAGAAAAUGGACUCACCCUUUCCCUGACCGAACCUGUGGUGAUUUUAGAAGGCCACUCAAAGAGAGUUGGCAUCGUAGCCUGGCACCCGACAGCCCGUAACGUGCUUCUUAGUGCAGGCUGUGAUAAUGCCAUCAUCAUAUGGAACGUGGGGACGGGGGAAGCCCUGAUAAACUUGGACGAUAUGCACUCGGACAUGAUUUACAAUGUAAGCUGGAACCGGAAUGGCAGUCUCAUCUGCACAGCUUCCAAAGACAAGAAAGUGAGAGUAAUCGAUCCUAGGAAACAAGAGAUUGUUGCUGAGAAGGAGAAAGCGCACGAAGGAGCACGACCCAUGAGAGCCAUCUUUCUGGCUGACGGCAAUGUCUUCACCACUGGUUUCAGCCGCAUGAGCGAGCGGCAGCUGGCGCUCUGGAACCCGAAAAAUAUGCAGGAACCAAUUGCUCUUCACGAAAUGGACACUAGCAAUGGGGUGUUGCUGCCUUUCUAUGACCCUGACACCAGUAUCAUUUACUUAUGUGGAAAGGGUGACAGCAGUAUCCGCUAUUUUGAGAUCACGGAUGAAUCCCCGUAUGUCCACUACCUCAACACAUUCAGCAGCAAGGAGCCUCAGAGAGGGAUGGGUUACAUGCCCAAGAGGGGACUCGAUGUUAACAAAUGUGAGAUUGCCAGAUUCUUUAAACUUCAUGAGAGAAAGUGUGAACCUAUUAUCAUGACUGUUCCCAGGAAGUCGGACCUUUUCCAAGAUGACCUGUAUCCUGACACAGCGGGGCCCGAAGCCUCGCUGGAGGCAGAGGAGUGGUUUGAGGGGAAGAACGCAGAUCCAAUCCUCAUCUCCUUGAAGCACGGAUACAUUCCAGGCAAAAACCGGGAUCUCAAGGUGGUGAAGAAGAACAUUCUGGAUAGCAAGCCCACUGCAAACAAGAAGUGUGACCUGAUCAAUGUCCCCAAGAAAACCGCAGACACGACCAGUGUGCAAAAUGAAGCCAAGUUGGAUGAGAUUUUAAAAGAGAUCAAAUCUAUAAAAGACACAAUCUGCAAUCAAGAUGAGCGUAUUUCCAAGUUAGAACAGCAGAUGGCGAAGAUAGCCGCCUGAAGGUCCACCCCACCCCCCAAAUGGGAGCAAGAACUCGGGCUUGGUAGCUGGUUGUUGGUGUGGUCCCGGGGAGGGCGAGAGGGAGGCACUGCCAUUCGGAGGCAUUCAUUUCAGAUUUGUCAACCAGCGAUAGGCCCCAUUCCAGUCAGAAAGCAACUCGUCUCCCAAAUUUGCAGAAAUGUGAUUUAAAAGCUGAGCUUUUUAUCAGAAAGCUUUUUUGAUGUUUUAAGUGUUAUAUGUGACUUGUUGAAAUUUUAAAAGACAAAAGUGCUACUUUUAAAAUCCAAGAUACUCUGAAUUUUAGGAAACCAACCAAUUAUGAUUCAGUUUCGUGCCCAAGUACCUUUUUUUUAAAAAAAAAAAAAAAAUAGGGACAAAUGCCACAUUGCUUUUUAUAUUUCUUCUUCUUUUUUUUUUUUUUUAAUGUUGCCAAACCAAAAGAAGCUUUUUUUUUUCUUUGUAUUUUGCUACUUUGCAGUAUUUGUGUGUGGGGUUUUUUUUUUUCUCCUUAAUUCAAAAGGGACAGCACUGUGUAUGUUUAUAAACUAAAUGAAGAUAAGAUAUUAUUUUGUAUAAACAUUCAUCUGAGAACAAUCAGAGCAGUAGCCACAUCGUGCUGGCUCGUUUGCAGCACAAACCUGGUCAUUGUAAUGACUGUACACAAGGAAGACUUGAAAAAUCACGUGAAUUCGUAUUACCACUCCUCUCCUUUCAUCGGGUCUUCUGGUCAGAAAUGCGCAUCGUAUCGUUUACUUUCCUCCUUUCUCUUUUGUAGAAAUUGGGUGGUUGUACCAGAUGGAAUUUUGCUUCUUGGUCACCCUGUGCUUCAGAUGAUUAUAAUCUAACCUAAACUAGCACGUGUUCCUGCAGUUUUGUUGUCCACGUAGACGCUGUUGCAUUCAUCACUUUAAACAUCAUGUUUCAGGUUUCAAUCAAUACUUGACAAGGGUGCCCGGGACAAGAAGACACACGUACUGUGGAGUGUUCCCUCUUGCCCAUUCCAGCAGCUUGCCUAGCUCUCGAGUGCAGUGAGGGACUGAAACCGAGGGAACUCUGAGGGGAGUGUCAGCCCCGCGCGGUCCUCUGCUUUCCUGCACGUCCCAUGCCGACCCCGACCCCGUGCUGUGCUGGAGGAAGAAGCGGCUCUUCAUGCACCACCGAGCUCCUGCCUCCCUCUUCCUCGAGUAGGCAGCCGCCUCUCUCAGGGCUCCCAGCCAUUCCUCUCUCCUUCCUGCCUUUCACCCAUAACUGCUUUCAGCUAAGGUGAGGCCACAGGGUGCUAUUGAAUACGGAGACUGAGGGGAAUGGUCUAGGAUGGAGCCAGACCAGGAGCGCAGAUCUCUGCUGUAGCUUUAAUGUGUACAGAAGGGUCCCUUUGCACCCUGCACACACACUAACCCGCUACACCCCUCCAGCUCGCACCCAGGCUUUGUCAAAGCACAGAGGCUCCCCAGACUCGGGGUGGGGGGCGGCCCACAGACUGAGCUCUGCUCACCCGUUCCAUUCCAGGGUCCGCUAGAACUUCCUUCCAUUUCCAUUUUGUCAUAUUGCAUGUUUGAGAAACAAAAUUUAAGAAGCCUCUGUUUUGCAAGGAGUGAGUGUCUGUGAUUGAACGUGAGACAUAUAGUGCCAUUGGGACCACAACGGGAACUCGUUUGCACAUGCUGGUGCUGGUGUGGGGCCAGGACUGGCUGGUGGCAUUUGAAUACGGGAACCAGGAUGGAGGCAGAGUGUGGACAGUGGGUUGGGAUGCACAGGCAAGCUGGGGGGUGUCUGCAUAGAAAAGGUACCAUGUUCUUAACCGAUUCUGGGAUUGCUGUCUCCAUAACUCCAGGGCCUCUGAAUGUUUGGUGUGGUUUUGUGUCUGUGUGUAUUUUUAACAUUGAAGUGGAUAAUGGGACAUAAAAUGGUAAUUACAGUGACAUAUUCAAACCUGUACGUUUCUUUAUCAACGUAAUCUGCUGAGGACCUUCAUUUUUAAGAUUCAGAAAUGUUUUGAGGUUCUGAUGUUAAAUUAAGUAAAAGUGUUGCUGAUGGUGGUGAAACACCCUAGGGAAUGUGGUGCAAAGGGAAGAGGGAGGACAGGAAAGUCGCCCUGAUCUCAGUGUGCUUGUUUAGUGAACGAUGCCCAGUUAGGCGCGGCCUCGCCUGCAGCAGUGUGGAUUGUGUUUCCUGUUUUGUCUUUUUUUGUUUAAGCCGUGCUAUCCCAGAGGAGAACCAGUGAAUUACUCCCAGAUCGGCUCUUAUAGAGCAGCCAUAGUAUUCUGUCAAAACACUUGCUUCCAUUUUCAAAGAUAAAAAAAAAAUCCUUGAUUACAAAA